AUGAUUCCCGUCCGUCCGGCAAAACGUUUUCAAUCAUCGACCAAUGUUAAGUCUGAUCGAUGGAGAAAAGGAGGUCUAUUAAAAGGUCAAUUUUUAUUUGCACCUGAUAUAUGUAUACCUGAAAAUGAAGCUGUACCAUCGAGUUCACAACCUACGAGUGAAACUACAAAUAAUUCAAUAGCAUUAACAAAAAGAAUUUUAAAUGAUGAUAAUAAAGAAUCAAUAUCAACAUUACGUCGAAGUAAACGUCAAAUAACUAAACAAUUAGCUAUAACAAAAUAUAAAUCAGCAACAUCAUUUGAUUCAUUCAUUGAAACACAAUGUGAAGAUGGUUUAGAAGCACGUGAUACGAGAACUAUUAAGGGACGUGGUGUAUAUACAACAAAAAAAUUUUUUCGUAAUGAUUAUAUUGUUGAAUAUGCUGGAGAAUUGUUAACACAAAGUGAAGCUAAAAAACGAGAAAUUUUAUAUGGACGUAAUCAUGAUAUUGGUUGUUAUAUGUAUUAUUUUAGAUGGGGAGAAAAAGUUUUUUGUGUUGAUGCUACUGAAGAAACAAAUCGCCUUGGUCGUUUAAUAAAUCACAGCCGAAAAAAUAGCAACUGUCAACCAAAAGUAUUUGUUGUACGAGAUCAGCCACGUCUUAUUUUAGUUGCAUUACGUGACAUCGAAAUAGGCGAAGAACUAUUUUAUGAUUAUGGGGAACGUCGUAAAGAUAUCGUUGAAGCGUUUCCUUGGCUAAAUGAAUAA